AUGACUUCACUUUUUGGUGGUGCGAAUGAUCAAGGCUCUCAAUCCACACAGGAUAAGAAGAGUGCUAAGAAUCACUAUCCUGAGCCAAGGGGCCUGAACCCUACUCAAUCACGUCGCUGGCAGAAGCUCAACGAUGAGAGUGAAGAAGACGUGGGCGCUUCUGACUCAAUGCUUGAAUGCCGACAGGCCGAACGGAAAUCAUCUAGAGAGCUUCUCACAUUCGCCGGAGCUGACCAAGCGUCCAUACGAAAAACAAAGCCCUUAGCCCUAGUCGAACUGACUCCAGCUCAACCCAUGACCAAAUCAUCAGCCCGAUCUGAGGCGGCAUCCCCUGCUCAACGACCUCCAUCACAAGAUUCUCAGACAUCUGUCCCUGCUCCAGCAGCGAGCCAGCCAGCUCCAGCUCAACCCAUGAUGACAUCCUCAGCACAGUCUGAGGCAGCAUCCUCUGCUCCAGAAGCGAGCCAGCCAGCUCCAGCUCAACCCAUGAUGACAUCCUCAGCACAGUCUGAGGCAGCAUCCUCUGCUCCAGAAGCGAGCCAGCCAGCUCCAGCUCAACCCAUGAUGACAUCCUCAGCACAGUCUGAGGCAGCAUCCCCCACUCCACAGAUAUCAGCUCCGUCUCCAGCUGUAGGUCUGUCGGCUCCAGCUAUCCCAGGCACAGAAUCCCCUUCUGGAACUCAGAGCAACACAGCGGCAUCCUUAUCGUCAGGCUCAGUGAGCAAGGAAAUAGUCUUCACCAAUGAUAUCUUGCGCGAUAUCAUGGCAAAAUUUGAGAACCGGCGAGGAGACUUGGAUGUUGACCGACUGAACUACCAAAUCCAGCGUAGCAAACUCAUCGCUCCAAUCUCCAACAACAACACCGUCCGGCUUGUCCGCAAAAGACUCAGGGACUUCAAGAACUGGAUCUCUGAGGUCCAGGAAGCUCGCCAUAGGACAUGGAAGAAAGCCACUCAGCUUCCUCCACAGAUCCCGUCACCUGAGAUGGCUGAGGCAGGACGUCUGCUGGAGCUGUGGGUCUUCCCAUUCGAUGCCAAGCGGCGCGAGAUCGAGUCCUUGAUCAGGCAAGUUAGUCUGGGUUGGUACUACUGGGGACCACAUGAGCAUAGCAAGCUUCCGUUGCUCAAGGACUGGGACCCAACGGAUGCUGCCCAGAUAUACAUCCCCAAGGGUCUGGAUAAGUCAGUCGAUUCGACGCUGCCUGCCCCGGAAUGGAUGAAGGAACUGGUCGAAAGCCGCCGUGAGAUCGAUGGCCCGCCUCCAGAAGUUCCUUUAGCCGUUCCACCCCCAACCAAAACCCCAGCCAUUGGCGCCGCAGCUUCAUCAGCAGACCAAAAGAAGGGGAAGGGUAAAGAGGUUUCAAAGAACACCAAGCUUCGUACUGCAAAUAUGAUUGAUGGCAGUAACCAGACUCAACAUGAUGUUAUUCCACCUCAACCUACACCUACCACCCAGAGUGUAGCAGACCCUAAGCAAAUCCAGAAGCUUGAUACAAGGCUUCAGCUGGUUGAGGCGGAUCGAGCUCCAUACCAGGAGAAACUGCACUCGUUUGCUGUGAGACUCAGACGAGUUAGGGAGGGCAUCGUUUUCGAAAAAGAGAACCUUGAAAAGCUUGAGAAGAGGCUCCAGAACCUAGAGGACGAGAGACUUCCGGACCAGGAGGGACUACAGUCACUUACGAUAAAACUCGAGGACGCUGAGGAAAGCAUCCGCCAGUUCCAAGAGACACUAUGCUUGCAUGAGACGAGGCUUGAGGCGGCUAAGGCGAGCCUCCUUCAGGAUCAAAAGACAUUGGAUUCCCAUGAGACAACGCUCCAUGAGGUCGAGGCUGGACUCCACAGCGUUCCAGGAGCGCUCAAACAGGCCGAGGCUAACACAGGCCUAAACCAUGAUAUGGCUGGCCUCAAACAGGACAUAACAGAGGUGGCGAGCAGGAUGAAAGCUAUUGAGCUUCUACAGGACUCUAUGACUACCAAGAGGGAGGUGGAAAACAUUAUCACCCUCGAACUCGACAGCUACCCAUCAGCAUACGACACCAAGAAGCUCAUCAACGAGGCCAUUGAGAGGCAUUUCCAGGACAACGCUAUUGCUAAACAAGCUGUAGCCGGUCCCCUCUCUUUAGAGCCCAGCCCUGGUCCUAGGACAGCAUAUGCCACUAAGGACGACGUACACUCUAUUGUCAAGGAGGCCAUCUCUGGUGUGAAGGAGUUAUACAACGUCCAUAUUGAGGGACUGAAGUCUGAGAUCACCUGGUUGAAGACAGGAAAAACGCAGCAGAUCUUCCCUACCGGGUUGGGUCAGAACCAGUUCGCUCAGACUAAGGUUGAAUCUCUACCGAUUGAGACGUUCUCCAAUGUGAAGAACAUCCCACGCAUAUCCACAGCCAGACAGCCACUGAACCCCGCCGAAGUCAUCACACUGGUAGACUCAGACGAAGAGACGGCGGUGAAGAUGGAACCGCAACCAGCCGUGUGUGAUGUGAUCCUACGAGCCGGUGACAAGCACCAGGCAUCGGAGCCCGAGGACCAGGCUGCUAACAAGAAGCUUCGGUCAGAGUAG